UUUGCGGGUUCUUUUUCCAGGUGCGGCGAUGGCAUCCACUCCGUCGAGUGCCUGGAGAAGAACUUCAUGGCUUUGCAAAAGAAAAUGGAAGACGACUUCUCCCAAGUGGAGACCAUUCAGAUGAAGGUCAAAGCUUUGAGUGCCGACUGGGAGGAACGACACCAUCAGUUGAAGGUAGAGCAAGAAAAGGUGGCAGAACUGGAAGCGCAGAUCAAGCUGCUGAAUACCAAGCAGGAAGAAGUCAUGGCUUCCCUUCAAGCCGACAUGCUCCAUGCUGCCAGCCAGAUCCAGGAGAAGGAAGAGCUGGCAGAGCGGCUCAGGUCAGAAGUUGCCUUCCUGGAGAAGAGGGUGAGGGUGGCCUGUGAGGAGGCUGCCGGGAGCGCUGCUGAACUGGAGAAAGGAGCUCACGAGGCCCGGCUGGCUUUGGAGGCCACGCUGGCUUCCCUCUGUCCACAGCUGGACAGAGAGGAAGUAGCCAGGGAGACCCUUCAGUCCGAGCAGGAGGCCCUGCCACCGCGGCAGCAUCAUGUGCAGUUCCUGUAUGGACAGGACGCCAAGGGCCCAAGAAAGGCCGAAGGAGCGGAAGCCACAGCAGCAGCAGCAGAGGCUCCGCAAGGGCUGCCGCAGGAGGCAGUGGGUGGCCUCCAGGAAGAGGCCAAGCCCAGAGCCAGCAGGGGUGCGUGGGUGUUACUUUCUUUGUCCACCGAUUUUCUUUUGUCUCCCGAAACACAUGCCCCUGGGUCCCUGGAGCCACUGGUCAAGGCAACGUCAAGCUGUGUCCAGAAGCCCACUCUGCUUUCAGAACUGCAGAGGGGUCUCUUUGAGAGUCCCUUCUGGGAAAGGCUUCUGCAGCCCGAAAGGGGUGAAAAUUGUUACUUCUGCCUUGUUACCGGCGGUCUUUUUUCUGAGGUGCAUCCCGCUGAAGCGGACCGUCACUUUGAGUGUUGA